AUGUUCGGAUUCCAGCGGAGCUCAGACUCUCUGAGAUGUUUUCUCGCCCAGCACUCCGCGAGCAUCAUUCUUAGAAAAUACGUGACGGAGAGAUGGUCACCAUACUUUGCGGCAUUCAAGGGAGAUGCUCCGCCUGUGGAGGUCAAAACUCAAAUACGCCACAUUGUAUUCCAAGGACUUUCAGACCCAAAUCGCAAAAUCCGUUCUUUGUGUGCCCAUGCCUUAUCGUCUAUUGCAAACUGCGAUUGGCCCGAUGAAUACCCGGACCUGCUGUCCUCUUUGAUCACCCUUUUAUCAUCCAAUGCACCGGACUCGGUUCAUGGAGCUAUGCAAGUCCUCACAGAAUUCAUCAAGUCUGACUUGACUGAGGACCAAAUUUUGCCUGUCCUCCGAGAGCUUCUACCAGUAUUGUUGUCCAUCCUUGGCUCGACUGAGCAACACAAUGCUCUGACACGUGCGCGCACGGUCUCUGUUUUCCGUCAAUGUGUCACAGCCUUGUACAUGGUCAAAGAGCAGUAUCCCCAAGCUACCAAGGAGGCGACCGCGUCGAUUCUUCCAGUUUGGUUGGAUGCAUUCAAAGUUUUGUUGAAUCUGGAUCCAUCAAUAGACGUGAAUGCGGACAAGUGGGAUGGCCUGGCUAUCAGGAUUCAGAUUUUCAAGACAUUGGAUGCAAUUCACACUUCUUUCCCUCGAGCUAUGACUACAUAUCUGCAAAACUAUCUGGCUGCCUCUCUUCAUCAUCUUAAAGCUCUUUUCCCUACAUAUGCACAUUACUACGUAUCCUCUUCAGAGUCUCCCCCUCGCACUUCUGAGGAUGACUCCAUUGAGCUUUCCCAUCUUAUCUGCCCCCUUGCCGAUUUUUUGUCGAACGUUGUGAGAGGUGGAAAAGCCAGAGAUUGGCUACAGCUGGAAAACCUUGGUGCUUUGGAGGACACAUGGGCAAAUGAUGCCAAUGCUUUCGUAGCUCAAGAAGAAGAUGCGACACAGACUUACGGUGUGCGGGUUGCAGGUUUUGAUUUACUUUCCAGCCUCGUCGACCGUUCCCCUGCCCAAACAUGUCAUUCAUUGCAAUCUACGGUACAUCAAAUAGUGGCGUCGUCGCAGAGUACUCGUGACAGUGGUGUCGCCCAGUGGUGGAAACCUCUCGAAGCAGCCCUUGCUGCGAUUGGUUCUCAGGCUGAAGAUAUCCUCGAAUGCAUUGAAGACGAGCGAGAAUCGGGGCGGACAAAGCCAAUUGACAUAGAGUUUUUACUCGCUGACGUUGUUCCCUCUAUCCUGAAUCUUUCAGACCACCCGUUCUUGCAGGGAAGAGGGUUUGUUUUUGCUAGCCAAUUCGCACAGCUGCUUCCUGUUGAAAUGGUUGGACAAUACUUAGAAGCCGCGAUACAUGUCAUCGAGUCUGACGCUGCUGGAAUUCCGGUUAAAAUUUCUGCUGUUAAAGCAGUUCACAACUUCUGCCAAGGAGCCAAUGAUUCUGCUCUUACACCUUUUGUACCCAGAAUUGCUCAAGACUUGGGCCCUUUUCUGUUACUCACAACAGAAGAUACACUAUCUCUAGUACUCGAGACUAUGUCUGAAGUAAUCAACGUGGACAAAGGUAACUGGAUAACCGUAGAUCUCUCCAACUCUUUAGUGUUGGCAGUAUUAGAAGUUUGGUCAAAAAAUAACAAAGACCCAAUAUUCUUAUCCAUAUUCACCGAUAUUCUCACUUCCCUUGCCUCAUCCAAUGCUCCGGGAGUCUACGAAACUGUGGUCAAGCAAGCACUACCCACUCUAUGCACCGCAAUUGGCGGCGCCACGCCAGAAGAAUCGUGGAUUGCAGGGUCAGCCAUUGAUCUUGUUGGGAGCCUAGUCCAAGGCGCUUCAGGCACCGGAAUCGGCGAGGGCUUCUUUGCUCUCCUCGCGCCUAAUCUCUUCCACUGCUUAGCAAAGACUGAGGAUAGAGACGUUUUGCAGAACGGUGUAAUUUGCCUUACCCUUGUCGUCCGAAAAGACUGUGGUCAGCUGCUGUCUUGGCAUGAUGCAGCUGGUCAAUCAGGCCUUGAUCACGUCCUGAAACUGAUCGCUAAACUUCUCCAAAGCGAAGAUGAAUCAGGAGGACUUGUCAUCGGUGACUUGAUCAUCCACCUCUUGCGACGCGCUGGAGAUUCUGUUCUACCCGUCCUUCCGGAGCUGCUCCAAGCGAUGAUAGCGCGUAUGACAAACGCUAAGACUGCGACUUUCCUCCAAAGUCUCGUUAUUCCUUUUGCCUUCCUUAUUUACAACCAGGCUGAUACCAUCCUUACGCUUCUCGAGUCCAGCACUAUGAUACAAGGCCACUCAGAGCUCGACAUCCUAAUACAAACCUGGUGUGAGAAUGCUGAAACCUUCCAAGGUUUCUGGCCUACACGCAUCAGCGCGCUCGCUUUGACAAAACUAUAUGCGCUGGAAAGACAGAGUCUACAGUCGUUGAUGGUCAAAGGCGAUAUGGUGGUUAAGCCAGAGACCAAGAAUGUAAUCAUGACCCGGUCACGGACAAAGACAAUGCCGCAUGAAUUUACAUCAGUCUCAUUCCCUGUAAAGGCGCUCAAGUUGUUGUUACAUGAUCUCCGCUCAGGCGGGGAUUCAGCUACGAUCAACGCUAAUGGCGAAUCCUUUGAUGUAGAUUCUGACGAUGGGGAUGAUGACUGGACAGAGGAAGAAAGGCUGCAUCAAGGGUUCAAGGAGGAAGAAUUUUCCUUCCUGUCCGAGAUGCUUGGUCCGCGUGGAGCGAACUUCGAUAAUGAUGAUAUACUAGAGCAGAAUGAUGACGAGGACUUGAAGAAUGAUCCUGUUUCACAAAUGGAUAUGCAGGGACAUCUUGUAUCAUUUUUCCACGAAUGUGCAGCCCGCAACACCAAUAGCUUCUCUUCGAACGUAGAACAUUUGACAGCGGAGGAGAUGGCAGUCGUCAGGCAGGUUGUUCAACAGCAAUGACCACAUCAUGAUGUUUUCCAGGGGUAGUACUACCAUUGACAGGAGUCUAGCUCCGAUCAUUGUAUAAGAUAAGAAGAAUAGAAUAGAAUCAAGAGGCCACCCGGAUAAGCGUACUAAAUGCAUUUCGGAUGUGU